AAGUAAACUGAAAGUUUCAGUUGGUUAGUCGAGUUUCGUGAUUAUCACUUUUUAGAAUAAUUCAAUAUGGAUUGCCCGAAUUGAAUGCUGAAAUAUGAAUUGCCCCGUGCAUGAACCAUAUUGUAAUAUUAAAAGCCUGUUUGUACGUACUACAAACAAACUCAAGUCCCGAGUCCAGUAAAACUUAUUACAAAACGCAUUUUCAAAAUUGAUACAUUUUUAGUAAUGUCAAUAUCAGAUGUAGGAGGAUAACGGAACGUGAGCGUAAAUAAACUUCGAUGGACCGUGCGAAAAAUUAAAUUAUAAAUAAAAUGCAUAAAAAUUAAUAGUUGUGAAUGAUUUAACGAUGUCAUCACAAAGUAAACAAUCGACAUUGAUGAGCUUUAUAAAAAAAACUAGUGAAAAUUCAAGUUCAAAAAGUGCAAGUGAUAACAAAAAUGAGCAGGCCUCAGAAAAGAAAUCCAGAUUUGUUUUUAAAUCAAAGUCUACAAGUUCAGGCAACUGGACAACACCAUUUAAAAAGACUUCAGACGAUAAACCAGUGACAGUAACGAACCCCAAAAUAACAAAUGGGCAUCAAGUAUCUCCGUCCCUCCUGCCGAGCUUCAGGAAACCAGUGAACAAUGGAAUCAGUCCUCUGACACACAAAAAUAACAUACAAGAUGAUAAUCAGAGUAAUGACAUGUUUGAAAUGGAUGUGGAUGAUAUGCAAGACCUACCAAUAGCAUUCAACAACAAAAGUAAGUCUCGAACACCAGAAAAAUUAACAAAACCUAUUAGAAUAAGCACAACACCGACCCCACCAAAGAAUAAACCUGAAAUAAAAAAGGACAAUAAUAAGAAAACUUUGAAAACCCCUGAAAAAACCAGCCCCAGUAAAGAUAAGGAUCCAUUGAGGAAUAUCAAGUUGGAUGAGUCACUCUCAGGGUUUUUGGAGAAAGUGGCCAAACAUCCUGCUUUGAUUAGUAGUAAGAAUGGAAUACAGCAAAAACACAAAGAACAAUGUAAGGAACUCUACAUAGAUCUACUAGAAAAAAUAUUUAGUGCAUUUGACAAAAUACCUAACUGUAUCAAAGAGAAAUUCCCUGGAUACAAUAAAAAAAUAUAUGCCAGAAUGAAACAAUUGAAAUGUAAACUAAAAGCACUAUUGACUGAACCUGAUAGUAUAAGUGCUAAAGUAGAUGAAAAUGUUGCUGAAAAUAAACUUAGUAAUGGUACAAUGGACAACACAUCUCAACACAAUGGUAGUUCGAGUCCAUCUCUGCUCAGUAGAUAUAAUGACGAUUUAGAUGACUUUGACUUAGAAUCUAGUGGAAUACAUAAGAAAGUCGCAAAAUGUGUGCUAAACGACAGUAAAGACCCAGGUACUUCGACAUCAACACCAGAUUUCGCUACAUUCAACAAAGGACCAAGAAAUGAGUUACUACCUAAAAAAUCAUUAUCUUUUGACGCUAUUUCACCACUCAAUAAUUCAUCUAAAUUAGAAACAAGUUGUCAAUCUGAAGCAGAAAACAGUACAAGUGAACAAGCUAAGGGGAAGGGUAAAUUUGUGUUUAAAAAGCCUUCAAGAUUAACACUAGAAGAGAAUAAAUCGACUCCUAAUAAAGACAUACCGUCAUCUACUGCUGAAAGACUGAGAAAUGCUUCAGAAAGGCUUAAGCCAUUGGACACAACAGAAGCGCCAAAAUUAGCCCCAGUGGCAGCUAGUUCCAUAGACUUUCAAGCUCCUCAGUUCAGUAAAAGUUCUCUAAUAAACAUGAACAGACCUAGUAACGAUUCAGUUAAAGAAUUUGAAGAAGAGAGUGACCCAAUGGAUGACUAUGAAGUUCCUAUUGACAUGGAUGAUGAUAUUGAGAUUUUGCCAGAACAGUCAGCUACUGUUAUCAACAUCAGUGAUUCGGUCGCUAGUACUAGCAAUGCGAAUGAUGUUAACAGCGUUAUAGAUGUACCAGUGGAUGAUGAUGGCUGGCCAGAGUAUAGGCCAGAGGAUUUUGAAGAGAAAUUAGAAGUUUCGGGCAAUGAUGAGCCACAGGUGGUCAAUCUGAUGGAUAAUUCAGUUGUAGCGGACAAACCUAAGUAUGAAGGCAUGGGAGAUUUCCAUGCCGGCACUCAAAAUGAUGGUAUUACUGGUGAAUUCGACGGCCUAGACUACCCUCACUCCACUCUAAUGAUGGAAGUGUUCCAAGAGCGGUUCGGUCUGAAGUCGUUCCGGCCGAACCAGCUGCAAGUCAUCAAUGCAACGCUGUUGGGCCACGAUUGCUUCGUACUCAUGCCUACUGGUGGCGGUAAAUCUCUGUGUUACCAGUUACCGGCGAUAUUAAUGCCCGGUGUUACCAUAGUAAUAUCUCCGCUCAAGUCACUUAUCUUGGAUCAAGUCAACAAACUGCUGUCUCUUGAUAUCCCCGCAGCACACAUGUCAGGGGACGUAUCACUGGCGACUUGUGACGAGAUCUACCACAAGCUGUCUCUCCGCGAGCCACUCAUCAAGCUGCUGUACGUGACGCCGGAGAAGAUCAGCAACUCGCCCAAGUUCCAGUCCAUGCUCAGUGCACUGUACUCUAGAGGGAAACUUGCUAGGUUCGUAAUCGACGAAGCUCACUGCGUCUCCCAAUGGGGCCACGACUUCCGACCCGACUACAAGCGUCUCUCCAUCCUCCGCACCAUGUUCCCUAAGACCAACAUCAUAGCAUUAACUGCCACAGCUACCCCCCGCGUACGAAUGGACAUAUUACAUCAGCUACAAGUUAAGAAGUGCAAGUGGUUCCUCAGCAGCUUCAAUAGACCCAACUUGGCUUACCAGAUAUUGGAGAAGAAGCCUAAGUCUAUCAAUCAGGAUGUCGCUGCGAUUAUUAAGCAGAAGUUUUUCAGAGUGUCAGGUAUAGUAUACUGCCUGUCUCGCAAGGAGUGUGAGAAGUUAUCGGAAGACCUGCGCAAGGCCGGCAUCAAGGCAGCUCCCUACCACGCCGGGCUUAGCGAUAAGAAGCGAGAAGAAGUGCAGGCCGGCUGGGUCGCUGAUAGAUAUAAUGUGAUUUGCGCGACGAUCGCUUUCGGCAUGGGAGUAGAUAAAGCGGAUGUCCGCUACGUGAUCCACCACAGCAUGCCAAAGUCAGUGGAGGGUUACUACCAAGAGGCGGGCCGCGCCGGACGUGACGGCGACACGGCACACUGCCUGCUGUACUACUCCUACUGCGACGUCGUGAGGUAUCGCCGACUGCUCGACAUGGAACGCAACACGACAGCGGAAGCCAAACGCGUGCACAUAGAGAACCUCCUCCGUAUGGUGGAAGUGUGCGAGUCCGUGACGGAGUGUCGGCGGGCGCAGGUGCUGGCCUACCUCGGCGAGCGGUUCCAGCGCCAGCACUGCGUGGCGCAGCCCGAGACUGCCUGCGACAACUGCAGAGCUGCACAUGAUUACAAGCCAGUAGACGUGACGGAAGAAUGCAAGCUAAUAGCCCGCUGUGUGCGGGAGAGCUGCGGCGGCCGCAACAGCUUCACGCUGCUGCACAUCGCUGAUGCACUGCGCGGCUCCAUGCAGCAACGCCUGCAGGCGCUGCACAACUCGCCUAUACAUGCCCGUUGCAAGUCAUGGCACCGCGGGGACCCGAUGCGGCUGCUGCGGCAGCUGGUGGUGCGCGGGCUGCUGGCGGAGCGGCUCGUCGUCAACAACGACAUCGCCAGCGCAUACGUCGUGCUGGGGCCUAAUGUUGAUAAACUGAUGCGCGGCGGGCUGCGCAUAGUGUUCCCCAUGAAGCUGUCGGGCGAGCGGCGCACGGAGGCCGCCGCGCCCGCCGCCGCGCCGGACGACUCGUCCGUCGCGGCGCUGCUCAAGAGGCUGGAGGAGAGGUGCUAUGCUGACCUGGUGGAGGCUUGCCGCGAGAUGGCAAGUGCCCGCGGUGCCACCCUAGCCUCAGUCCUACCCCAGGCCGCUCUGAAGGCCAUGGCGGCCAAGCUGCCGGAGAAGGCGGACGACAUGCUGGCGCUGCCCUACGUCACGCGGGCCAACUACCACAAGUACGGCGAACAGCUGCUGCACAUCACCAGUGCUUACGCUAUCGAGAAGAUGGGUCUCCUAAUGCAGUACCAGGAUGAACUAGAAGAAGAACAGAAGAAGGAAUCUCACAUAGACGAGGGUUCUGACUCCGACACUGACUGGAGCCGCCUCGCCGCCAGCCAGGCGACGUCACCCGGCGGUAGGGGGAGACGACGGGGGACUUUCCGCGGGGGAGUGAGGAAGAGAUACAAACGCAAGGGACCAUCAUCUGCCAAGAAGAAGGCGAUGCGAGGCGCUGUGGCGGCCACCCGCAGCACACGAGGCGCCUCAAGAGCCACUACUCGAGGCGCCUCUACCUCUACAGGUCGUGGUGGUAACCGACUGGGCAGUAUGCCGGUUCCGCGCGGAACAUCCGCACAACUGAACACGCGACCCGGAGUUUUCAACCCCUCGAAACUUAACCUCAUAUGAACAAUGCUACGACAAAUAUGACUAUUACUACGAUUUAUGAAGACUUUUCACUUUUAAGUUGUAUAGCCAGUUUCAGAAAAUAAAAUUAAUAGUAGACUCGAAAGAAUAUGUCUUCUUUGGUGGCAGUUUAAUUCAAAGUAUUUUGUAGAGGCGUGUUUUUGUCGAAUUAAUUACUGUGAAAGCGUAAAUAAUUUAAUAUUCUCUGUUUGACUAAGCUUUAAUAACUUCUUAUACUUCUAGUUUGGUGAUACUCGUACUUUUGUUUUUAAUGAUUACAAUACAAUUAAUUUUAUAUGUUUUUAAUUAUCUGAAGUGCCUGUUCUAAUUUUAUGAUGUGUAAAUAAAUGUUGAGAUUUGAUAUGUUUUAAAA